AUGCCUCUUGCUUACGGCUCCCUCUUGCUUGCCACUGUGAUGGAAGCAGCCCUAGGACUACCUGAUAUCCCUUUCCAGAUUACUGCUGACUAUCCACCGGGUUGUUAUGGAGGUCCUGGUCCAGGGGAGGGAAGCAACAUCACCGAUAUGCUAGCGCCUUCCUGCAUUUACAACAUGAAGGGAUAUGCAAUCGAUGGAGUCCAUAGAGAGGUUGCCGGCAUCAUACUUAACAAUAACAUGCGUGGGCGUUAUGGCAGCUUGCAUAUGAACCUGAAUCUGUCCACCCUGCCUGGUACCGUGAAGCAUAAUGUCAUAGUGGGAACGUAUGGUUGGGCUCAUCUGAGUGUUGGUGAUGAAACCAGAGACUUCUGGUGGAACCCAAGCCCAGGUGAGAAUAUCUACGGCCCAAAGCCUGUUGAAGUGUUUGCCAAAGUUGCAACUAUCGACUCUGGUACUCUCCCUAAUAACGUGAGCACUUGGAGCUCGUGGGAUAGUCUAACUGGUACAGCGCACAGCGACGGGUUAAACCUAAUAUGUACUCACAAAUGCUCCUCCAAUGUACCCAAUUCUGAGUUUUACACCGGACAAGAAAUCCUCAUAAAAAGGGUGGAAGGUGGCUGGAACUACUUGGUUACGUACAACUUUCGCGACAAUUCACGUCAGCUAGAAGAUUACAACAAGUAUGUGAUCAGCGGCAACCUGCAGGACGUGAAUAUAAUCUGA